AUGUGCUCAUACUUAGUGUUUACUAGAGAAUUCUUGAGUUUUUUGCUUAUUAGUUGGUACUAUAAGCAACCAUUGUUUGACAUGAAAUAUGGUGGAUAUAACAAUGUCCUACCUAUAUCCUCUACUAUAUUUUUGUGACUUUUUCCUCCUAAUAUUGGUUACCCUGUUCUUCAGGUGGUUAUGUUGUCUUCAAGUGAAGACCAAAUUGAUGCGUAUUAACAAACGUUCUGGGGAGUACUGAUAUUUCCCGUGUUCUGUGGUACUGGUUGUGUUUCUCUUAUAAACGAGUGUGAGCAAAUUUGUUGUAGUUGAUAAACCAAUAUGCCUAGUAAUUAUCUUUUUAGAGUAAGUGGUGCAUUGAGGCAGGGAAUCCGGAAAUCCAUUUCUGGGCAAGAAAGUGGGCUUCAAUUGGUGGAGAUUUUUUCUGAAGAGCGGUUGUUGUUCGGGAAGUCCUUCUGUUCUGUGUCAUCUGCAAGAUUGUCUGACCUGCAUGUGUUUGUAAGGCCUGAAGCUUUUGCUGCAGCACAGACAAAUUUGAAUAUAGUUAAUCAAAGAAAGAAUAUUUCUGUGAUCAGUGCUAUUCCUCAUGCAUUUGGGUUCAAGGGUUUUCACAGUUCUUCAGCUGCAUGUAUCUCUGCUGGUGCUGCUCCUGAUGUGUCCUUUGAUAACUCUCUCCAUGAGGUCCAACGUGCAAGUUCAGCAAAUUCUUCUGAACAGAAAAUCCAUAUUGACAGAAGCCUGAAGCUUAAUUCAGGGUCGUCUUACCUGCCUCACCCUGAUAAAGAAGAAAAAGGUGGAGAGGAUGCUCAUUUUAUUUGCAUUGAUGAACAAGUAAUUGGCAUAGCUGAUGGUGUUGGUGGAUGGGCUGAUGUUGGUGUUGAUGCUGGAGAAUAUUCUCGAGAACUGAUGGCAAAUGCAGUAAUGGCAAUUCGUGAGGAACCAAAAGGUUCAGUAGAUCCAGCCAGGGUCCUGGAGAAAGCUUAUACACUCACAAGAGCCAAAGGGUCCUCAACUGCCUGCAUUAUUGCCCUUACAGAUCAGGGUCUCCAUGCCAUUAACUUAGGAGAUAGCGGAUUUAUGGUGAUUAGAGAUGGAUGUACUGUUUUAAAAUCCCCUGUUCAGCAGCAUGAUUUCAAUUUUACAUAUCAACUGGAGAGUGGUGGUACUGGCGGUGAUUCACCAACUUCCGGGGAGGUGUUUAAAAUACCUGUUGCUCCGGGAGAUGUCAUCAUUGCUGGAACUGAUGGAUUGUUUGACAAUUUGUAUACCAGUGAUAUAACUGCAGUAGUGGUGCAUGCUAGGAGAGCUCACUUACCACCUCAGGUUGUAGCUCAGAAGAUAGCUGCAUUGGCUCGGGAAAGAGCACUCGACAAAAACAGGCAAUCCCCUUUCUCCACUGCAGCCCAAGAUGCUGGCAUCCGUUUCUAUGGUGGGAAGUUGGAUGACGUAACAGUGGUGGUAUCUUAUAUAACCAGUGACAAAAAUGAGAAACUCACUUUCUGAUUACCCUCUGAACCGCUCGCACAAUGAACAG